AUGGAAAAGCCCCCUCUUCAGCCGAUCUCAGAGGUAUCGCAAGAUCCUUUGACCUUCACCAACAGCCUUCCUUCGCCAAGUUCCAGUCGGUCCUACCCCAAGUUCGGGCCUCCUCGACUACGACAACCAUGGAGGCACUCAGUCUCAACCGAUGGGUUAGGGUUCGCAUCGCGGACGACACGAGAAUUCAAACCUGACCGCCAACGUCGCCGGCUGUUGGCUGUGGGCCUCUGGCAAUGGUUCCUCACGCUGCUGCUGUGCGGCCUCUUGGCUGUCUGCCUCGGAGUCUUUGGAAACCUCUUGUGGAUGACGGUAACACAAGUCAAGGCCUUCAACGCCCUCAUUGUGCUUCUUUCGCUGUUUCUCGGGAACAACCUGACCAGCUCACUACGAGAAUACGCCAUGAUGAUGCGGUGGAGAAUUCUGACCGAGAAAUACCGGCCUUUGAAAGAAUUCGAUUUAUUGUUGCGCUGUGACAGUUUGCGAAAGGUCGCUCGAUUAUUUUUGACUGCAAGGACUCCAGGAAGAGCCUGGUUCUGGCUUAACACGACGCAGUGGCUUUGUGUCUUGUGGCUUGGAAUCAACCUCGUGGUGCAAAUCCUCGUGGCCUUGCUAGGAUUGACGUACAACCUCAACACCUCCAACAUUCCAGAACGUCGAUUCGGGACGAUGAGCAUCACUGAUUUGACCGUCAUCCGUGACAUUUGGGGAGCCAAAGAUCCCACCUUUGAUGCGCAGUUGGGAUCUGCAAAUUACUUUGGGAUUCAGGGUCAGGACUAUUUCUUCGUUGAUGGUAAUCCGCCUGGGCAGGGGAGUGUUCCGAGUUAUGGAACACCUGGCACUCCAAUGAUUUACGGCAACCAAGACUGGAGUGUCAUGACUUAUGUGUUUCAAGACCAGAGUCUCCAAAACCCUCAACUCACCUUGGUGUCCCACCGCAAUGUCAGUGUGACGGGCGAUUGUCGACAACUGCAAGUCAUCGAAGGCGGUAAUGGAACCAGUACUUCCGUUACUUACCGUGACGAGGCUGGAGGGCUAUCUACUUUCGACGUGGAGCAUGUAGGACCAGGCGCAAUGACGUACGUCGGUGUACUCAACUCUACCUGUGGGCCGCGGUGCACGGAAGUGUUGGCGCUGCAGAGCGCCAACGGCAAUACAAUCCCCGAGGCAGCAUUCUUCAGGUGCCAAAACACGGUAUCAGAGGUGCGCGGGACCAAAGAAUAUAUUGAUUCUGGUGAACCCGCGGAGUCGUUUGAGUUGUCAGACCAACAAGCAAGGAUUGUUGCCGGAGCAAUCGGCUGGUCUGGGUUCAAUUAUACCCGGGACGACAUGUACCAGUAUGUCCGAUACAACACGGAGACGUACUGGAGCCCCGACAUUCCUGCAGAUGCAGACAUGAUAUCCCAGCGGAUCAUGGAGUUUAGCGUCGAAGCAGUAGCCGCCAUCGACUACAAUGGGCCACGGCGAAAUGCAUCGGGGUGGUACGCGGUUCCUGCGCAGGUGGUGAGUGUGGAGUGGCGAUGGUCAGCGUCAAUCUUAGGACUCCUGCCGUUUGUUCAACUGGUGACAUUGUUGUGUGUCGUGACCUGGGCCAACUCGGCCGUCAUUCGCGACGACAACUUGCUGAGCGCCGCACGACUGCUGCGUCCUAUUGUCGAAAGGUUGGGCGACAAGGGCUGUUUGCUGAGUAGCUACGAGAUCGCGGAGGAGCUGUCGGAGUUGAGGGUGAAAUACGGGUGGAGAGAGCCGGGCCCAGACUUCGUAUUUCGAAACGAGAUUGACGGCGAUGUCAUCCGGCAUGUUGAUAUUUUGGACGAGCAGGAAGGGUUUGGCAUACAAGGUCCUAUGCCAGCUGGUCGGUAUGACGGACUUGAACCCGAUAGACAGUCCACGCUGGAUAGGGGGAGAGAUCUACUGCUACAGAGGAGGCGCGGACGGCGGUCUUUGAGUUUAUGA